GAUGUCCCAUGUGCGGCAGCGGCGGCCUGCUGCAAGAUGGCGAGUGGUCGUGGGCACGGUGCCGGCGGUCAGGCGUUGCACUGGGACGGUGCCCGCUUCCUGCGGCCGCGGCUCGUCCUCGCCACCCUCAGCGGCCGCUCCGUGCGGAUCACCGGCAUCAGAGGCGCAGAGCUGGAGCCGGGCCUGCGGGAUUUUGAAGCAAGCUUUAUUCGGUUAAUGGACAAAGUGACAAAUGGCUCCCGAAUCGAAAUAAAUGAAACUGGUACCACACUGUAUUACCAACCGGGCCUUCUUCACGGAGGGACCGUUGAACAUGAUUGCCAUCCCCAACGUUCCAUCGGCUAUUACCUAGAAGCCCUGCUCUGCCUAGCUCCGUUUUGUAAGAGACCAUUGAAAGCCAUAUUGAAAGGUGUCACCAAUGAUCAAAAGGAUCCUUCCGUCGAUACUCUAAAGGCAACAGCGCUGCCAAUAAUGAAGAGAUUUGGUAUAGAUGGUGAAGGUCUUGAGCUGAAGAUAGUGCGGAGAGGCAUGCCUCCUGGUGGAGGAGGUGAGAUUAUCUUUUCGUGUCCAGUGCGAAGAUAUUUAAAGCCCAUUCAGUUGAUGGACCCCGGCAAGAUAAAACGGAUCAGAGGUGUGGCGUACUGCACCAGAGUAUCUCCACAGAUGGCCAAUAGAAUUGUUGAUGCAGCCAGAAGCAUUUUAAACAAGUUCAUACCAGACAUCUAUAUCUACACUGAUCACAUGAAAGGAGCAAAUUCAGGAAAGUCUCCGGGAUUUGGCUUGUCUUUGGUGGCAGAAACAACCACUGGGACACUGCUGAGUGCGGAGCUGGCCUCAAACCCCACCGGCCAAGGGUCCCCGCUCCUGCCUGAGGAUCUCGGCAAGAACUGUGCAAAGCUGCUUUUAGAGGAAAUCUACAGGGGUGGCUGUGUAGAUUCAAUAAAUCAGAGUCUGGCUCUGCUGUACAUGACCCUUGGUCAGCAGGAUGUUUCAAAAGUUCAAAUGGGUCCAUUGUCUCCUUAUACGAUUGAGUUUCUGCGUCAUCUGAAGAGCUUUUUCCAAAUUAUGUUCAAGAUUGAAACCCAGUCCAUGGAAGAGAGGAAAGGUGGAGACAAAGUAUUAAUGACUUGCAUUGGAGUUGGCUAUUCUAACAUCAGCAAGAUUGUCACAUAGAAAUGACCACUGCCACUUUAGAUGCGCUUGGAAUUGUUAUUUUUACAUCAAAACAUUGGAAAACCUUCACUUGGAAAUAUUUUUCUAAAAUUUUAUUAACUUAAAAAUCUCUGAAAUUGACAUUCCUUUUCUCUUUGACGUGUGCAAAAUGCAAGUGCUCAAUACGAUAUUUUCUGGACCGAAGCCAACAUUUUUUUUCCAAAGCAGUUAAAUCUUAGAUGAAGAAUGUUUGCAUCAUGCUGUACUUGCCAUUGAGUGGAACCUCUUCAAACUGUUUGUUUUAAUCACAUUGGAAUGAUUACAAAUCAUUCAAUGGAGACACAGCCACUUGUGAGAAUGUGAAGCACUGUUUUUGGCAAAUCGGAAGUAAACAGAAUUGGUUCAA